UGCUUCUUGAAUGGGGCAUGAACACGGACAGAGAGCCGUCACUGAAUCUACAGCAUUGCAUGUGGAAUAUUAGUGUGUUCAGAUUCUGGCAAUUGAAGAAACCUUACUUCCAACAACUGCCACUCCUAAUUCUCUUGCAUCAUUUUGUAUUGUUGGCAAAGCUUUCUCAUCAAGGGUUUCCUCAAGGGUGCUCUGGUGUCGACCCACAUCCCAAAGAUGUACGGCUCGACCCUGGAUCAACUUUUGAUUGAAUUAUUUGAAAGGUCUUUGUAUUUCUUCCAUUUCCAAAGUGGAUGAAGAGUGAAACAAAUAAUCCUGAAGACAUGGUGCAAGACUGUAUGACGGACUGCUAAAUCAGAAGAGAUAAUUCUCUUUACCUUCACUUACUGAAAUAUUGUGGAAGAGGUUUUGGACUAAAACGGAAGAUGUCAAAUCAUUUAGCAGGAGAUGCUUCAUUCAGCUCCCGGCAGGAACUGCUGAACCUAAAUGAUCCUCGCUUGAGCACCGAUAAUUUAGAGAUUCCGAGUGAUCGAGUAACCACUGAGAAAAUAAGGUGCAAUGGGACGAAAGUAUACAGUGUUUCUCACCAACACAAAGCACACCAGAGCACUCCAGAAAAUGAGUGUGGCUGGGGUUUGUUCAAGCCCAAGUGUCUGCAGGUUUUCAACACGCCAAUAGGAAUACUCGUCUUCCUCUGUUUUGCUUCCUUUCUCCAAGGAAUGAUUGUAAAUGGAUUUAUCAAUACUGUAAUUACUUCAAUUGAACGGAGGUUUGAUCUACAGAGCUACCACAGUGGAUUGAUUGCCAGCUCUUAUGAUAUAGCAGCAUGCAUCUGCCUGCUUUUCGUCAGCUACUUUGGGGGGAGUGGUCACAAGCCACGAUGGCUCGGCUGGGGGGUACUAAUCAUGGGGUUGGGGUCACUGGUGUUUUCUCUGCCUCACUUUUGUACUAGUGCUUAUGAAGUGGGCUUAACAGAGGACUCUGGUUUGUGCAACAACAGUCGGUCUACACAGCAUAAUAAAGAUGCGUCGAGCUAUUCUGACUUCAGGUAUUCCAACUUCAGGUUUCUGUUCAUGUUUGGACAGUUUCUCCAUGGCAUUGGAGCAACCCCACUCUACACUCUGGGAGUGACCUACCUCGAUGAAAAUGUCAUGUCAAAUCAUGCUCCGGUUUACAUAGGUAUUUUCUACACAGCAGCAAUUAUUGGGCCAGCGGCAGGUUACUUACUCGGGGGUUUUUUCCUGCAAAUGUACACCGAGGUAAACACUAAGGUUAACCUUACACCUGAGGACCCGCUGUGGGUUGGCGCGUGGUGGAUCGGAUUCCUUGGAGCUGGAGCAGCGGCCUUCAUCGUCUCAAUCCCAAUCCUUGGUUACCCUCAACAACUACCAGAGUCCCAGCGUUAUAUGGCGAUGAGGGUUUCGGAGGCUCAUCAACUGAAGGAUGGGAGUCAGAAGACUGCAUUGGAGCCAGAUUUUGGGAAGACAUUAAGGGACCUACCCAGGUCAGCAUUGCUGUUGCUGAAGAAUCCGACUUUCAUCUUUCUCUGCCUGUCGGGAGCAACAGAGGCUACGCUGAUCGCUGGCAUGUCCACGUUUGGGCCCAAGUUCCUGGAAUCCCAGUUUGGUCUGAGCGCUUCUCAAGGUGCAACCCUUUUCGGGUACAUUGUGGUACCAGCUGGUGGAGGUGGUACAUUCCUUGGUGGUUUUAUCGUGAAUAAAUUAAAACUCCGUUGUGCGGGAAUCAUUAAGUUGUGCAUCCUUUGGACAUUCUUGAGCUUGUUAGCUAUCUUCAUUGUCUGCAUUAACUGCCCCAACAUACCAAUGGCUGGGCUCACUUCAACAUUCAAUGACAGUUCUUAUGAUGCUCCAAUCAAUUUGACGGCAAGUUGCAAUAUUGGCUGUAACUGUCCAAUGGAUUUGUACAAUCCAGUUUGCGGAGCGGACGGUUUAAUGUACUACUCACCAUGUCAUGCUGGCUGCCUAGAAUUCAAUUCAACGUUGCCAUCAGAUGGCAGAAAGAUUUACUACAACUGCAGCUGUCUAAGGCAGAAUAAUUCGAGUCUGAAUAUUGCGCAAUCCGGAAAAUGCGCCUCGUCCUGCACACAAAUGCCGCUGUUCAUGACUUUCUUUUUCUUUGUAAUUUUAUUCACGUUUUUGAGCAGCAUUCCUGCACUAACAGCAACUCUCAGAUGUGUCCCUGAUAGUCAACGAUCAUUUGCACUUGGUAUUCAAUGGAUCGUAGUUCGUACUUUAGGAGCAAUCCCAGGCCCAAUUGCGUUUGGCUCAGUUAUUGACAUCUCUUGCCUUUUGUGGCAGGAGCAAUCCUCUGAGAGAGGCUCAUGUUAUAUCUACCAAAAUUCAGCCAUGAGUAAAGCUCUCCUGAUUGCAGGAAUAACUUAUAAGGCAGUGGGGUCGGUUUUUUUUCUCCUGGCUCUCUUUUUGUACAAGCCACCAGGCUCUAACCUCAGUAGUUCAACAAUGGAUAAUGGAGACGACGAGUCAGAUAAGGGUAUUUCACAAAAUACAGUUAAAACGGUGAUUACUUUGUAAUUAACACACUUAAACAGUAUUCAAUGAAAACUGUAUUCAAGCCACUUCAUAUUAUUGGAUGUUAUCCACCACAUUCAUCUAGGUAGCCACAUUUUCAAAAACUUCUCAGCUUUUACUUGAGGUUGGGACUUUUUACAAGCUUAACACUAUAAAUUGUAUAAAUUAAGUAUAUGCAGAGUCCAAGUGUACAGUGGAAGCAACUCUUAAAGGUGAAUAAGCAGUGUUGUUUAUUUGAAAACAUUGUACUUAUGUACAGGAAUUCUACAUCAUUAUGUCAGCCAUUGAUCUUGACAUGAAACAGAGGAUUGGGAUGAUGUUUACAUCUUCAAGCUAUAUAAUAGCGCUUAAGGCUUUGUUGGAUAUUGGUAGGGUUGUAAUGAUUUUAUUUCAGCUGUUUACUUCUAUACAAUGCCCUUUCUUAUUUGGACAAAUUCUGAAUUGUGUAUUUAACUGUAAAUGAUUUAAUGCUAUGUUACAUGUGCAUUUUAACAAUAUUGACAUAAGAUAUUAGUACUAAGAUCAUUCUUCUUUCUUCCAAAAACCUCAAUUAUUUGAGUCUUCUGCUCUAGUUUUGCCAUAGUGCAACCUCAAGCACUCCAAUAACCAACAAUGGUUAACCGUACAGGAAAGAAAUUUUAUUUUGGACCACAGUUCAGGCCCCAGAAAUGUAAAUGGAAUUAUGUCAAUUAGAAUGUCAUCCUCAGGAUUUGAUCCCAAAUUCAAGUGAGAAGUUUGCAUUUCUCUUAGUGUGUUUCUGCCAAUUAAAUUGGUUUCCUCCCAAAUCCCAAAAGUGUGCUGGUAGGUUAAUUGGCUUCAAUAAAUGAUCCCUUAAUGUAGACGAGAGGCAUAAAAAUCAGAAGUGGUGUUAAUAGCAUGUGAGAGAAAAUGAAAAGAGAAAUGCAAAGAGCUAGACUGAGAGAAAUAGGAUUGCUCCAUUGGAAAUUAGCACAGUCUGGAUGGGCCAAAUGGCACCCUUCCAUGUCAUAAUAAUGGAGCAAUGAGCAAAUAAAUAUCAUUGUUAAAAGAUAUGAAAGCCUGCUUAAUGUUGGUUGAUCAUAAUGUGGCAAUCAUCAAAUAAAUCUUAAAUAUUAUAUCUAAUGGAAAUCCAUUCAGACCCUAAGGCGAUGUAAAUAAAUUGAAUUUCCAGCAGAAAGUCUGCAUUUUUUUUAUAAAGUGUAAUUCUUUUCUCAUUACCAUCUUGAUUAAGUGUUGCUGAAAGUGACCAGUUGUGCUUGAGAUGAGGGUUACCCAGAGGGAUGGGCGUGAAAUAGCUUCUGUUUUAAUAAUUUACUAGAUGUGUAUAGAUACUAUAUCUUCAUUACAAUAAAUAUUGUAUUUCAUCUCAAGGUGUAUUAAAUCAACACCUUGAGAUCUCACAAAAUCUUUUUUUUUGGAAGGAAAAACUCCAGUCAUGCACUAGACACAGUUCCAGAGCAUUGAGAACUGGAAAGGUCAUUAUUGGGAAUGUUAGUGAGGAUUUGGGAGUGGGGGAGUUGAUAUUGUAUUGAAGUAAAAAUAAGAGAUUCAGUGUCUUGUGGAUUAUUUAUUACUAAAUACUCCACCUUUAAAACAAGAAUACGUAUUAAGAUUCAUCAUCUUUAUGUGCUGUGUUGUAUGACAUGGGCGAUCACGGUCUUGUCUAUGAUAGUUCUUGGGAAAUUUUUCUACAGAAGUGGUUUGCCAUUACCUUCUUCUGGACAGUAUCUUAACAAGAUGGGUGACACCAGCCAUUAUCAAUACUCUUCAAAGAUUGUCUUCAAGGUAUUAGUGGUCAUAUAACCAGGACAUGAUAUGCACAAGCUGCUCAUCCACCACAGGCUCCCAUAGCUUCACGUCACCCUGACAGAUGGGUUAAGCAGGUGGUGCACUUUCCCAACGGUGACCUGCAGGUUUGCUGAUGGAAAGAUGCCUUGUUCCUCCUUUGGUAGAGACGUAUCUCCACCCUGCCACCCAACAUAUAGGACACAUAAUCUUUAUUUGUCUGACCUUCACCUGGUGUCAUCCACACCCAUGACAGACCUCAUCACAUUCACAGCUGCCAUUCCAAUGAUUAUAUCAGCACAAAGAUGCAUCUAUAACCUUAGUUCAUCUGUCAUAAAAAUGUUAAAGGAGCAGAACCUGCAGCAAUUUGGCAGCAAUGCAGAAAUUCGUAGAUUCCCCUUUGUCACAUUGGUGUUUCAACCCUAGCCCCUGUCAGUCUCGUGUGUCAUUGCAGAAUACAUGCAGAGGUGUCACUUCACAUCACCUACAUCAUUCCCAUGCCGUGCAUCCCAGAUUUUCAGCCUAUGCCCCACAGCUACUUGGGGCAUGGGACCUAAUCAGGACUUUGGAUCAAAAUUGGAGUUGUGGUCAUGCAAUGAAUUUUUACAGUAGCAGCUUACAAACUUUUCUGCAGUGGCGAUGGCUGGGAUAGGCAAAGGUCCUUUAAGAACUGACAGCCUUCCCAGCAAUGAGCAUGGGAAGGAUGUGGCAGCCUAAUUGUGCCAGCAGUCCUUGAUAGGAUCUGCACAAUUCCUGUUUCAGCACAGAAAUCAGUAUGUAAAAUUCCGUAAGAUUCCUUUAAAUAUUUUCCCUUAAUUUGACUUUUUAAUGUGUCUAAAUAAAUAUCAGUACUAGUCACAGAGGAGGAAGUCUAAUUUAUGGAUAAUAGUCUCUACUGAGAUAAUAGGAACAGAAAUAAUUAUGUGACAUGAUGGAACUUUUUUAAAUAUUUGAUUGAUAAUAAGGAAUUUAUUAUUAAUCAUUAAGGUGGAACUUAUCAUGUAAUCAAAUUGUCUCAUGCUGUAAUCAAAGUUACAUGAUACUAAUUAGAUAUUUCAGCAUAAGUAGUUGCUAUGUUUUUUCUAUUUACUUUUGAAUAGCACUUUUUUUUUGCCAAUGCAGGGUUAAGGUUUAACACUGGCAAUUAGUUAUAGCAGUUUUAAUGCAGGAUUGUUCAAUAUUUCAAAAGAUUUUGGAUUUUCGAAAGGAAAUCCAUGCUGAGGUUGAUAGGCUGUUUCAACACUAUAAUUUAUUGAAAAUUCUGUAAAAUGGAAAAAAAUGAAGUUAGUUGUAUUUAAUCUCAUGCUACUUAUCAAUUUUCCCCUGGGUUUGAAAGAAUGAGAAAUGUUACCAUUAAAUUCGUCAUUAGGUUGACAGGAUAACAGCUUGAAAGUAUUUCCUCCAGUUAUGAAAAUGUCCAACUUAGGGUCAUCGCAUCAGAAAAGGGCCAAAUUAAUAUACAGCAGAUGAGAAAUUUCCUCACGCAAGGGAUUCAAGGUUUUGGAAUUCUCAAUCCCAGAGGGCUGUGACUACAGAGUUUUUGAGUAUGUUUUAAGGUAAACUUAGAACUUGGAUUCCUAGAGAUACAGUAUGUGGCAAUAACAAAACACAGUGGCAUUGAGGGAGAAAAUAAGCUUUUAGUUUAUUAAAUAACAUAGGAAUCUCAAAGCUACUGUACAUGUACUCCUAUUCCUUUAUCUUAUAUUAAAAUGUGAACCAUGUGAAUUUGAUUUUAAAACUCAAAACUCUCCUAACCAAUAUUGCAAGAGUGCAGAAAAAAUUUACAAAGGACUCGAAAGGUUGAACGCGUUAGGAUUUUAUUUCCCAGAGCUUAGGAGAAUGACAGGAGAUCUUAUAGGGUUGCACAAAAUUAUAAGGGACAGUUCAUUAGCUUAGUGGUCAGCAUAAUGUUUUAUUUACACUGCCAGCUGUAAAAUCGGCAUUCAAUUCCCACCAGGGGCGGCACGGUAAUGUAGUGGUUAGCAUAAUGCUUUACAGUGCCAGCUGUAAAAUCACGGUUCAAUUCCUGUUGUUGUCAGUAAGGAGUUUGUAUGUUCUCCCCAAGACUACCUGGGUCCCUUCGGGUGUUCUGGUUUCCUCCCAUAUUCCAAGACGUAUGAGUUUGGGUUAGUACAUUGAGGGCACGCUAAGAUGGCACCAGAAGCAUUGCUACACUUGCAAGUUGCCUCCGGUACAUCUCAGUUUGUGUUGAUUGUUGACACAAACAACGCAUUUGACUCAGUGUUUCGAUUAGUCACACAUAAAGUUAAUCUUUAAUUCUUUAUAUUGGGUCAAUAUGUAAGGCUUUUUUUUCUCUUAAAUUGGGCGAGACAAGAGCUAGAGGUCUUAGAUUUGAGAUGAAGGUUGAAAUAUUUGAGGAGAAACCGAGGGGGAACUUCUUUACUCAGAGGGUGGUGCAAAUGUAGAUCAAGCUGUCUGCAAAAGUGAUGGAUGUGAAUUCAGUUGCAAAUUUUAAAUGAAGUAUAGAUAGGAACAUGGAUGAGGGGGGUAUAGAGGGCUAUGUUCUUGGUGCAGAUCGAUGGAACUAAAUAGAAAAAUUGGUCAUCUUGAACCAGAUGGGCCUUGAUUUUGAUAACUAUAUAUAAUAUGUAGUGUUAAUGAAAUAAUUGAAUGUUUUUUAAUUGAGUUCCAUUUUCCAUUAGUAUUACUAAGCAAUUCAAUUUUAAAUUUAGAUUAUUAGAUAUAAAUUGCACAAUGUGGUGGUAAAGUUUAAAAGUGCUCCAGGGUCUUUGUCCUCUUGGAUACUUCAUAAACUUCCAUGAAGUGAGAUGUUUUGACAUAAAAAUGAAAUCAUGAAUUAUUUAAAACUUAAGAAUUGGAAAUUAGGGCACAUACGGAGCUGUUCUGGUGGCUCUAAUUUGUUUCGCAGCCAGUCAGAAUAAACCAGUGAUUCCCAACCUUUUUUAUGCCAUGGACCCUGACAAUUAAUCGAGGGGUUUGCAAACCCCAGGAAUAAACAAAGAAUAAGUGGUAGGAAAUAGAUUGAAUGAUCUGAGAUUGGAUAGUAUUUACAUGUUGCUAUAACAGUUGCUGUUAAUCUCAGUAUGUUAAUGUAUGGUAGAAAAUGAUGAAGUUGUAUCUCUUCUUAAAUAUAUGUUAUAAAUGCAAACAGCUGUCAUAUAGAGCAGUGAACUGUUUUGGUAAGUUUGCAAAUCAGUGCAUCCUAUUACAUAGUGUAUUGGGAUAUAUAUUGCUGCUGCAAAAUUGAAAAUUUUGUUUUAUAUACACUUGUUCUGGAAAUAAUUCAAAAAAUGUGUAGCUCGGGUGGUUGAUGGUGAGGUUUUCUCUGACCUUGGCAAUUUGCUGCAAAUGUUUCUUCACCAUUCAUAGAGACAUAAUCAGCGCACUAUUAAUAGUGGUGUUCUCUGAAUGCUUGGCCUUUAUAUCCUUAAUCAAUCAGCUAAUUAACAGUGCACUGUUGUUGUAUUCUUGUUUGGUGACAAAAUGUUGGCAAAUAAAUUGCUAAAAUCGGAGAAUAACACUUUUCUGUACGUGCCGUUUAUCAAAAAGGCACCCUGAAGAUUUUUUCCUCAAAAAAGCACACACUAAAGAGUUUGUUUGCAGGACUACCUACAGUAUGUAUUAACCUCUGCCAUAUACUGUAUAUUUAAAAUGAUUAUUACAACAAAUUAAAAUAACUUUUAUAUUUGCUGAAAGCAUUUUCUGUUUAUUUUUUUGAAUAAGGUUAUUUGUUACGAAUUGGUAUUUUGUUCUAAAAGAUGUCUUAAUACAAACAGAUAUUUUAAGAAUUAUUGCAAUACCAUGUGGAAUUGCUGAACAUAUUUAGCAUAUCUCUAUUUAUUUCAUGGCAUAAAUUAUAUUUGGAAUUAAUAUGAAUGAAUUGUGUAUUAUCUUGCUGAAUUAAUAUUCACACUAAAGUUAAUAUAGUCUCUUGAACCAUUAAACUGAGUACAUUUCUAUAAAUGCGGAAGGAAAUUUAUAUGUAUUAUUUUUGACCAAAACUGAUUACAGUAUAGGAAUUUUAGCCAACUGUCUGUAUGAGGCUUGCAUAAUAAUCUUAAUGUCCAUGGAAGAGUUGAUUAUUAACAUUUUAUUCUAUCCCUUUUUUAUUAUUUGCUUAUAUUCCAGCCCCCUAGCCAACCUAAGUACCUGACAUUAAUGUUACUUCACCUCCUAUCCCUAAUUGCGACCUGACCUCCAAUCCUGUCUCGCAUGUCUCCAAUCCCAUCUUGCAUAUCUCCAACCCCACCACAUCAUCAAUGUUAGACGGUUGGAGUGGACCUUGCUCACAAUUUUCCAUCCACAUCAUCAUCCCUCACCUCCAAAAUUUGGUCUGGACUCACCUGAUUCUAUUCAAAUGAUAAACCAUGUAAGACUUGAUUUUGCAGGGCCUGUUUAGUAUCACAGACUAAAUGGGGUAUUGUGUACUACUGAAUUUUACAGGAACAUUUUGAUUAUAGCCCCAUUACUUUGCUACCAAAAUAUAACAAUAAAUAUAGCACAAUUGAUGGCUUUAUAACAAGACAAUAUUAGUGAAGAAAAAUAAAAGAAUAUUUUUACAUCCGGAUGCAUGUGAUCAUCUGAUUUGCUGCAGAAGGUUUUUAUAAAUCUGUUAUAUAAUUGUCUAUGUAUUUUUGCUGGUGAAGUUUUGAUCCCAUGUUGAAGCAGACGUUUGGACAACUUGAUGUGCAUUGAUUAUGUAGUUUAACAUACCUGACAAAGAUUGUGCAUUUUUACAUGCCUUUCUUUAAUUGGAAAUGUUGAAAGUGAGAUGAAUGGAUUUGCAAGUUUUUUGUAACUGUCAAUCAAUGUAUAAUUUUCUGCACAAAAAUGUUUAAAUAAAAAUUGUUUCACAUUUAGCUGUCUAA